AAGGCUGUUUCAUUCUGAUCAUGCAUGCGUGAUGAUUCAUCAUGACAUAAAAAAAAAUGGUAAUCGUGUGAUCCAGAUUGAAUAUGCAUCACGGAACCAGCUUGUUCAGUGAUAAUUUUGGGUGCAGGUAUGUACAGUACUACAAUAAAGAGAAUGCCAAAAUGACCAGACCUCAACAUCAUCAUAUAUACCAAAACUAAUCCGUGGACUCUAAUUGGCUAUAGUGAAACCAAUUAAGAGCAAAUGAAGAAAUUUAAAAAAGAGAAAACUGGCACUAAGCACAAUACUAACUCAAUUAAUAUCAAAUUAUCAUUAAAAAAAAGGCAUUUUGUUUGCAUAAUUUACGUUUAGUAUUUCUAAGUUCAUCAUGGCAUCUCUCAUUGGCAAAUAGUUUUCAUAAAAGUAGCCCAAACAAAAAGAAAAAAAGGCCUGAAAUUAACAAUUUUUGGCAAAAGGGUAUCCAUUCUUUUGACACGUGGAAAAAACAAAAACACCUCUAACAUUGUUAAUCAUUAAGGUUACCAACCGCAAUUCCCGCUAGUUACAGUACCUAUUCAAGCAAAUUAAGAAAGCUUUUAAGGGUAAUUUCGUCCAUAAAUCUGCUAUUUAAACACUGAAUAACCCCUUCAGUAACAUGUAAACCGUUGUUGCAUAUACUGAUAGGCAUUCAAAACGUUAACCCAGAAGAGAUUUAGAGAGAGAGAGAGGCGGAAAGAAGAGAGAAGAUGAUAACUGCAGAUGAUUUCUAUAAGGUGAUGUGUGCAAUGGUGCCUCUAUAUUUUGCAAUGCUAGUUGCAUAUGGGUCAGUGAAAUGGAAAGUAUUUACACCAGAACAGUGUUCAGGGAUCAAUAGAUUUGUGGCUGUUUUUGCAGUUCCAGUACUAUCUUUCCACUUCAUAUCUAAAAACAAUCCAUACCAAAUGGACACCAAGUUCAUACUGGCUGAUACUCUAUCAAAAGUCUUAGUCCUUGCUGUUCUCUCAGUUUGGGCUAUUUUCUUCAAUGGAGGUUUGGAUUGGCUCAUCACUCUCUUCUCAGUUGCUACUUUGCCUAAUACUCUUGUUAUGGGCAUCCCUUUGCUCAUGGCUAUGUACGGUGAUUUUACUCAAAGUCUUAUGGUGCAAGUCGUUGUUCUUCAAUGUAUCAUAUGGUACACUCUCUUGCUGUUCCUCUUCGAGUACAGAGCAGCAACACUCUUAAUCAAAACCCAGUUCCCAGGACCCACAGCGGCCUCUAUAACCAAAAUAGAACUCGACACUGACGUCAUCUCCCUCGACGGCCGGGACCCACUUCGCACAGAAUCCGAAACAGACGGAAACGGCCGAAUCCGAGUCCGUAUCCGCCGUUCAACUUCCUCCGCCCCAGACUCCGCCCUAUCAAUAUCCUCCAUCAACCUUACUCCUCGACCCUCUAACCUCUCCAACGCAGAAAUAUUUUCUGUUAAUACCCCUGCGCCAUUUCACGACUAUAAUAUCCAUAACCCUAACAAUAUUUAUAAUCUUUAUAAUAAUAAUCAUGGAGGAACAAAUAAUAAUGAGAUAAUAAUAUGUAAUGGCGAUUUGGGUUUUGGUUAUCGGUCCGGUACUAGUCCAAGAUUAUCGGGAUAUGCGUCUUCGGAUGCUUACUCACUGCAGCCGACGCCACGUGCCUCCAACUUUAAUGAGAUGGACGUGAUAAAUGCAGCAAGUACACCGUACUGGGUCAGGUCUCCGGUAGCCGGGAAAUUUUUCAGACAGCCAUCUCCGGCGGUUCCCGAUGUCAGGAUGUUAUGGGGUGAGUCACCGGGGAAAGGUCAAAAUGGUGGUGCCGGCAGCAAAGAUAUUACAGAAAAAGAAAUUAGCUUCAGAGAUAGUUCUAAAACUCCGGCAGCUGACGAGGAGGAGACAAUUGCAAAGGAUGCAACCAAUGUCCAGGAAAUGCCUGGUGCCUUGGUAAUGAUAAGACUCAUACUCAUUGUAGUAGGAAGGAAGCUCUCUCGCAAUCCAAAUACAUACUCAAGUGUCCUUGGCCUUCUCUGGUCUUUAAUUUCAUUCAAAUGGAAUGUGGGAAUGCCCAGUCUGGUUAAAAACUCCAUAAAAAUAAUUUCAGAUGCAGGUCUUGGCAUGGCUAUGUUCAGUUUAGGGUUAUUCAUGGCCCUUCAACCUCGGAUAAUUGCAUGUGGCAAGAAAAAGGCAACAAUAGGGAUGGCGAUCCGGUUCAUUUGUGGCCCUGUAGUAAUGUCAGCUGCAUCCGUCGCGGUUGGUUUAAGAGGAGUCCGAUUGCGUGCCGCCAUAGUGCAGGCAGCUCUUCCACAAGGAAUUGUACCAUUUGUUUUUGCAAGGGAAUAUGGAUUGCAUCCUGAUAUUUUAAGCACAGGGGUUAUCUUUGGGAUGCUAGUAUCCUUACCAGUAACUCUCCUCUAUUAUAUAUUCCUAGGCCUAUGAGGAAAAAGGAGAAGGUGGCUCAUCAUGAAUGGAAAAGCAUAUGGAGAAUCCAAAGCAUUACACUAAAGAAAGCAGCAUUUUGAGAAGUUCAUAGUUAAAGCUUGAUACCCUUCUAACUUUCACCCAUGCCAAGGGUCCACAUCUAAAGACUAUAUAGAGUUCGCUUGAUGAUCCAGUCAUUAUAUAGCCAUGUCAUUAAUUAGUAAUAUCAGUGGUUCCUGUGCAGAUUGACUAGAAAAAGAUUGAAAGGCCAAAAAAGCCUAAAAACAUGGUCAAAUUAGAAUAUGACAAGAUGAUAUUUAUAUAUAAAAUAUUAGGUUAUGAUCAUAUGAAAUAUAUAUGGGGUUAAUACCCUAGUACAUAGAGUAGUGGUAGCCGAAAGGAAAAACUGAAAUUAUCAUGACUUAUGAUGAAGGUAGGAGACUCAACUUUCAUGUUGGAGAGGUGAUGAGGUGGGUAAAGUUGUUGCAUCCAAGGAUGUUUUGACUCCAGUUUAAAGAUAUAUGGACACAGAGAGAGAGGCAAAAUUUGUAUCAUUUCUACUUUUUGUUUGUUUUUAUUGUCUUUUGAGGCUUGUAACAAUCAUAACAAAACAGUUUUCACCUUUUCUUUUAUAUAUUGUAUUGGGUCUUUUGAAGGUAGUUUAUAUGUGAAAUGAAUGAAAGAUUCUAUUGGCUUA